CCCUAAACCCACUCUCCCUCUCCCGCUCCCUCUCCCUCGCCCUCUCCCAUAGUCUUACACAUCAGAGAAGACAGACUAGCCCUAGCAGCCACUCACCCCCACCUUCUCCAUCGCCGAACCACUCGCCUCGGCCAGAGGGUGCCGUUGCCGCCCGCGUUGUCACGGAACCCUCACGUCGCCGCCGGAUUAUCCUCACCCAUACCAAGCUCCCACUUCUCCCCUCGGCGUCGCUCACGUCCGUUCUCUUCUCGCCGGCGCGCCUCAGCUCCGUCCCGGCGUCUCUCCUCCGUCGCGGUCCUCUUCUCGGCGUCGCACACGUUCGUUCUCUCCGCGGCGUCUCUCUCUCUCCGAGCUCACUCUCUCUCACCGUCGCGAACGUCGCUCACCUCGCCGGAUCGGUCUCUGCUCGCGAACGCCGGUCACCUACCUUCCUCGCCGUCUCUCUGGAUUGGAUUGGAUCAGGCUUGCAUUCUUUCUUGAACCUAGGUUACUGGCCUUCCAAGUAAGGCUUUUGAUCCUUUGGAGAUUCUUGUUUUGAAUCUUCCUCCUUGGCUUCCUGAUAGUAAGUCAGGAACUGAUGGGGAAGAAAAUCAGAAGAAAGAACCGAGCUUCUGCUAAGGAGAAGGCAGUUGCUAUGCAGUCUCCGAAGAAAGCUUUAGAGUCUCCCAACCCAACUGUUGAGUCUGUUGAUGAGGGGAUCUCUGCUGCAAAAGAAACAAGUUCUUGUCCUCAUCUUGUAAAGGGUAUUAAUUUAAAUACACUAUCUAGCAAGAUUGAAUCCUCUGCAUCAGUAAGGUGUGAAGAUUGCAGAGAAGGUGCUGCUGAUAGGAGAGGUGGAAAAGGAAAAGGGAAAGGUAAUAAACAAGGGAAGAAGAAAAGUGGCACACCAGCAGAUUCAAAAUCCGAGUCCAAGGCUAUAUGGGUUUGUUUGGAGUGUGGUCAAUAUACCUGUGGAGGUGUGGGGCUACCAACAACCCCUCAUUGCCAUGUUGUCAGGCAUGUGAGGCAACAUCGGCAUCCCUUAGUGGUUCAUUAUGAAAAGCCUCAGUUGUGUUGGUGUUUUCAGUGCAAUAUGCUUAUUCAAGCUGAUAAAAUAGAAGAGAAUGAAGAAACAGGCCGUGUUCUAUCUGAUGUAGUGAAAUUGUUGAAAGGGAGAUCAUCGCAGAAAUCAUCAGCGGAUAAUAAGGACGUUGGUAUUGAUGGCAGUGUUACUUCAGAAAUUAAAUCAGGAGUGAUUGUCAGAAAUGAUUUAUAUGGGCAUGGUGGCUAUGUAGUUCGAGGCAUGAUUAAUCUUGGGAAUACUUGUUUCUUCAAUUCCAUCAUGCAAAAUUUGCUAGCUAUGGAUAGAUUGCGGGACAACUUUCUGAAUUUGGAUUCUCCUUUUGGACCAUUGGUUAGUUCCUUGAAGAAACUGUUCACUGAAACAAAUCCAGAAUCAGGAUUGAAAACCACUAUAAAUCCUAGAUCAUUUUUUGGUUGUGUGUGCUCCAAGUCUCCCCAAUUUCGAGGAUAUCAGCAGCAUGACAGUCAUGAAUUGCUCCGUUGUUUAUUGGAUGGGUUGAGUACUGAAGAGCAAGCUGCAAGGAAACAAAAUGGUUCGCCCAAGAGAGAUGGCACCCCUGCAAAUACUUUAGUUGAUGAUUUAUUUGGGGGUCAGAUAUCUAGUACUGUACGGUGCAUUGAAUGUGGAAAUUCCUCAACUGUUUACGAGCCUUUUUUAGAUCUUUCACUGCCUGUUCCAACUAAGAAACCCCCUCCUCGGAAAGCACAACAAGCAAUUCGAGCCAAAAAGGCAAAACUUCCACCAAAAAAAGGUGGAAAGACCCGAGUCAAAGUUAACAGGGAUGAUGAUCCAAUAGCUGGUCAAAGUAUAUCAAACCAAUCAUCUGUCCAUGAGUCAACCUCCCCUGCUCAGUCCAAUGUGUCGGUUGCGGGAGAGGUGGCAGUCCCUUCUGAUUGUGGUGAUUCUACAGUAUUGGUUUCAAAGGAAAUAAGCAAUGUUGCUAAAGAGCUGUCUUCACCGAAUUUGGUUGCUGUUGGAGAGUCUCAAGAUAUGCAAGUGCUUGACAAUGAUGCAAAUAAGAUGUCAGCUUCAUCAGAUGAUCUUGCAUGGUUGGAUUAUGUGGAAGCUGAAGCUGACAAUGUCACCGAGGAAUGUGAGUUUCUUUCACCGAAAGAGGGCGAUCAGGAUACUGAUAGCAAGAAUGAACCUUUAAAUGAAUUGCCGGUAGGGGUUAGCUGUGAACGUUAUGGUCCAGAGUGUUCCCCUAAGGAGGAUCAAGACCAAAGACCGUAUUCUUCAACAAAUGGGUGGGAAGACGAGGUUCCACUACAAGUUCAAGGUUCAGAAGUGCUGUUACUUCCUUAUAAAGAAGAAAGUUCCUCUGCUUGUGAAAUUAUUGGAAGGGAUGGUGAGGCUUCCUGUUCGAAUUUGGGCCAUGGUCAAGAAGAAUUAGCAUUCGAAGGCUUUGGUGAUUUAUUCAAUGAACCUGAAGUUUUUGCUGGUCCUGCUCCUAGGCCUUCAUCUAAUGAGGUUACAGAAGCUGUUUUUAACAGUGAGUCUGAUCCAGAUGAAGUCGAUGAUACAGAUUCUCCAGUUUCGGUAGAGAGUUGCUUGGCACAUUUUAUAAAACCUGAGCUUCUCUCAGAUGAAAAUGGUUGGAACUGUGAGAACUGUUCGAAAAUUGUCCAACGUAAAAAAGUUGAAGCAAAAAAGAAGGCAAAUUCUGUAUUGGAUGGAAUUGAGAUUGGAUGUCGUGUUGAACCAUUGGAUGCUGCUUACUCUUUUUCUAUUGAAGUCAGAAGCCUUGAUAAUGGGAAUAUUACAGAUACCAAAAAUACAGAAAGUUCAGUUUUACAUAUUAAUCAUGGAACAGUGCUUGAAAAUGGUCAAUCAAAUGGAUUGAGUUCAAAUGUUGAUGAAAAGGAUCACAGAACUUUGAAGAUGAAAGAUACACUUAAUGAGGAACUUCAGUCUUCGGGAUGUCAUAAUUCUUCCAAUGCAGAAAGUUGUAAUCAUUCAGCUGCUGAUUCUAGUGUUAUCGUGGAUAACACUGAAAAUGUUGAAAGCAGAGAUCCUCAGAUGUCAGGUCAGGAUGAUGAUGACUCAGAAGAAUGCAGUGAGGAAGAGGCUGACGUGAAAAGUUUGAAGGUGAAAAGGGAUGCUACUAAAAGGGUCCUCAUUCAUAAAGCUCCGCCUGUCUUGACAAUUCAUUUGAAGAGAUUCAGCCAAGAUGCCCGAGGUCGCUUAAGCAAGUUAAAUGGACAUGUCAAUUUCAGAGAAAGAAUGGAUCUCAGACCAUAUGUGGAUCCUAGAUUCGUAGCUGAAGAGAAUUAUGAAUACCAUUUGGUUGGUGUAGUGGAGCACUCGGGAUCUAUGAGAGGGGGUCACUAUGUUGCAUAUGUGAGAGGGGGCCAGAGGAACAGAGGGAAGGCUGAUAACAAUGAGAAUGAGAGUUCCACUUGGUAUCAUGCCAGUGAUGCAUAUGUACGUGAAGUGUCUCUCGAUGAAGUUCUUCGAUGCGAGGCAUACAUUCUGUUCUAUGAAAAAAAUUGAGGGACACCAUCUACUUUCCAGGGAGUUUGUUAGACUUAAUACAGAGAGUAACAUAUGACAAUUGAGACUCACUAGGGAUUUGCCUGGGAUAUUUCAUUUGAAUGAGUACUUUCAUUUUUGUAUUUCUUUCGAUAUCCUUGCUUUUAUAAGGGUAAUGGUACCUUUCAAGGUUGUUUGUGAGUUGGGGUUAGGGAAGGGCGGGGAGGAGAGGAAGCUAUGUAUUGUAAAGGUUCACAACUUAACACUACAUGCCUUCACAUCGCCUCCUUUCCCUCCAACUGACAAACAGUUACCUAAUUAUGCGUUUUAGCAGAAUUUAAAAAAAUUUAAUAAUCUGAGUUAGUGUAGCACAUGGCUAUGUUUUAACCUCAAAGAUCUAAUAUGUAUAGUUACUAUUUUAUAGGGGUAUUGGAGAAACCUCUUCUUAUAUUUGCUUUUGUAAUUAUAGGUCUUCUUGAGCCUUCAAUUUGAAUAAAUUCAUUUAUCACUUAUCAGUUAGUGAAAUUCAGGUCUCUUUUCAAUGGGAAAUACUUUAUUUAGCAUAUAUUCUUUGUUUCUUAUCCCCUCCAACUUCCAUGUGUUCCAACAAAGUUUUGGUGCAUGCCAUCGCUUCUUUGCAGCACUACUGUAUCCACAAAGUAUAUUAUUUUUCACCAUUGCCAAUUUAUGUGCAUGUAGGAUUGUCGCUUUCCUCCUCUAUAGCAAUAUUGUGGGAACUCUUGUUGAUUAUUUAAAAUGUGUAGUAUAAAUUGUACAAUUUUAUUCGUAAGUUAACAUAAUUCUUGCAAAGUCCCUUGUGAAUGCUGCUUCUAUCCAAUGUGAGUUCAUGUUUUUUGCAUGUGCUUAAAGGCUUAUUCCUUUGGAUAAAAUGAUACAUGGCAAGUGAUAUUAUGCCUGGAGCCACAUACAUGGUUCCAAAUGAAACUGCACAUAAACCAGAAAUUUGGUUCUCUUUGGACCAUAUGAGACCAUACGAGUGUAGAAACCUAAACUGGAUAUGGAUGGUUUUGGCUUAACUCUGCCGCCACCGCCACCUCUGAUGGCGACAACAGUGUUUGGAUCCAUCCGCGUCUUCCUCCUCCACGCUACUGCUUAAGGCACCACCUGUUGCAAAGCCAAAGAGGGGUUGUCAGCAGUGGUUUUGCGCAAACACUGAUCCUCCUUGUGAGAGGGAAAGAAGAAACCCUGUUGCAUCUGUGCUGUUGUAUCUACUGCAUGCAUCCGCACCAAGGGUUUGAGAUGUCAUCCAUGCUUGAUUUUGGUUUGGUGAGGUUUUCUGUGUUGCCAGUCAUGUCUAUCGCAUCCGCAGAUGGAACUGUGAUUGUUUUGUAUCUUUUUAUAUUUUGGAAUUCUGAUUUUCUUUAGCUGCUGCCUGCUGCUUUUACAUCUGUUGCAGUGUUGCAUCAGUUUGUUGGUGAAGGAUUUGUUGGGGGCAUGAUCGUUUUGCACCAACGUUCCUGCACAAACAUACCAAUGACUAGCUGAUAAGUGAUAAGUAUAUAAAUCCAACAGUUAUUAAGUAAUAAUAUUUGCUCUUUUAUAAUUUAACCCCAAAUUUUUUAUUUUUAUUUUUAUUUUUAAUAAUAACAUAUUGGCCCAAUUGUAAUACAAAAUCAAUUUUGGGCGGCAGAUUCUAAUCGAAUGAGUUCUGGAAGAUGGGGAAGAGAAGACUGCAGCAUAUCAUACUCCUUUUCUGUAACUCUGAUUAAUUAUUUUUUUCCCUUUUUCUUUCUUUUGGCAUGAUGUGUGUUAUUUUGGAAUACAAUAGUGUAUUGAUUAUAAGUUCUUGUCAAUAAUAUAAGUGUUCGAAUUACCAAAAAAAAAAAAUGUGUUUGCCAUCAGUAACACUUCCGUUUGGAGAAAAGGUUUGUCCUCUACAUGUAUCUAGGCUGAAGUCCGAAUCCUUCUUCCUAAUUGUGUUCCCAGUAUCUUUGGUUAUGUUGGUUUCUGAAAACAGGACAAGAUAAAACAUAGUAUUUUUGGUUACGUUUGUUUCUGAAAACAGGACAAGAUAAAAUAUUAAGAAUAAGACAUAAAU